UUCAUUUCAAAGCUUUGGUUAUAUAGAUACGUGAUCGUGAAGUAAGCCACAUAGAAGCUUGCGACAUGUAUCGUCAAUGUUGAAUUCAUAAAUUUUUACGUCAUACGUCAUUCAUUUUUGUUGUUCAAAUUCCAGAAUACAGAUUCUUCAAACCUGUAAAUUGAUAAAUUGAAGAAAAAAAUUCUUUGUGAUGGUUGGAUAAAUUAAAUAAAAGUGCCGGGUUAUCUGAAACUAAUAACGAAUAAAAAAUAGUGCAAAAUGAAUUUCGACGAGCAGCAGAAAUCGACGCACUUCGAUCCCUCGGGCAACGAGGGUCAAGGCGGAAGGAAACGACGGUACAGAAAGCGGAAACGAAGGCCAGAGAAAAACUUGGCCCUGAUGUUUACUUCGAGCAAAGAUCCGUUCGCACAGCCAUUAAGAUGGUGGGAAAAGGAUCCGAUAAAAUACGCCUUCAGCUAUUCUCUCGUCAGAUCAAGACUGGAGAUGCUGAUGGGAACCAACGUUGUGCGAUUGACGGACAGAAGGUACAUGCAGAAGUUGAUUAUCAGGAUUCGCCAAGACUAUGAAGCUUCGCAGCAGGAGCGAGUCGCAAAACGAGUCACGAACGAACUGAUGAGAACCAAGAAGAUGAUACUGGAACGACUUAUUCCCGUCCAAGAGGCGCCUGAGGAAUUACGGAGGUACCCGCUAUUCCAACUCUAUCUCUACUGCGAUGCGAUAAUUGAAGAGAAACAGAGAAAGCGAAUGCCGAAGAAAGUUCACGUCACUAACUCUCUGUACCAAAUGCUUUAUCCGGACAAUACUGGCGACAAAGUUGAGGAGGAAGCUGAGGACGACGAAGUCUACAUGAAAACUGAAGUAGUCCACGGGGCUCAAAAAUUGGUGCCAAUGACGACCGAAGAGAUAGCUGUGAUCAUGACCGAGCAGGAGAAGGAGAAAGACAUUGAAAACGGCUACCUGCUGACACAAGAAGAUUACGAUCGACUGUAUUUUGAAACGGAAGCGAUCAAGGAGCUCAGAGAGAUGCAGAGCGUCGAAGAGAUGUACACGAAGGCCCAGGAGAUCGUCGGAAUCCUUUACUCCUACGCCGACGAAGGUCGAUACCAGAAGGCGGCUCUGGAGAAGCAACAGAGAGAAGCUCAGCUGGAGGCUGCGGCAGAAUUUGCAAAGACGGUUUCCUCGGCGGACGACGAGGCUGCUGUCACAUCCGGUGGAGCCCUGCAGAGACCGGAAGAACCCGGCGCAGAUCCCGGGGCGGCCGUUUCAACCGCAGAAUAAAUUUAUAUACCCCGUUCCCUGACCAAUCGAGGGAGUAGUGUAAUUAAAGAGAUGCUGCGAGAAGGUUGCAGGUGGUGGGUGAACUAGAGUCGGUAUGAAAUUGGCUCUGGAAACUUUUUACGUCCUCUCGUCGUCGCGUCUCGGCCUCGAAGGUGAUCCAAUCUCUUAUUCUCGGCCGAAGGCGUGUGCGGCAGUAUUUCCUUUAAUCGACCGUUCAUUUAUUCCUUUCGGAGAAUUUCUUGAUUGCACGUGGGUAGAUUCCCUAAUUUUAUAGACACUCGCAAGCAAUCGUAUGCCUGAGCGAAGGCCAGGGUAUUGCGUUCUCCGGUUUUUGUUCAGUUUCCUUUCAAAGGAAUACCUGUCGUUAUAACGGCUGCAAGAAUUCUGCGACCGUCGAUUCUUGUACUUGUUUA